AUGACAUGUUGCUUUAAACAACUGUGGCAUGCUGUGGCAAAUUGGUGUAAUACCGAAGUGUCGAAGCGGCCGCCUAGUGGUUUAAAAAAUCCAGAAGCAAUUUCCAGAGAAUCAGUUUUUACUGUAAGCGAGGUUGAAGCAUUGUACGAACUAUUUAAGAAGAUCAGCAGUGCAGUUGUUGACGAUGGACUGAUCACUAAGGAAGAAUUUCAAUUGGCCUUAUUUAAGACAAGCAACAAACGAAGUCUGUUUGCAGAGAGGGUGUUUGACAUGUUUGACACAAAUUCACAUGGAGCACUCGAUUUCAAAGAGUUUGCAUCUGCUCUGUCUGUUUUCCAUCCAAUUGCACCAAUUGAUGAUAAGAUUGAAUUUUUAUUCAGAGUGUAUGAUCUCAAACAGCAAGGAUAUAUUGAGAGGGAUGAGUUAAAGCAAUUGGUGGUAGCUACUCUAUCUGAAUCUGACAUGGAACUUUCAGAUGAAAUGAUUAAUGGCAUCAUUGACAAGACAUUUGAGGAAGUGGACACAAAUCAUGAUGGGAAGAUUGACAAAGAAGAAUGGAAGAACCUUGCCAUGCAGCAGCCAUCCCUUCUGACAAAUAUGACUCUUCCCUAUCUCACAGAAAUCACAACUGCAUUUCCCAGUUUCAUAUUUCACACGCAAGUUGAUGAUAAUUGAAGUAACUGCAUUUUCUAUGUCA